AUGGAAUUGGUAAGUAUGCCUGAUUUUGAAGAUCGUGAAGGCUGGAAGCAAAAAAUUUCCAACAAAAAUGAUGUUGUUUACUCAAAACGUUAUACUAUGGGAAAAGUAUACACUAUGAGAACAGUAUUUGAUUUUCCUCUUCAACAAGUUUUCGCAGAACAUUGGGAAAAUUUUGUAGAUAUUAUCAACUUCAAUAAAAACAUCUCAAAAGUAGAAAUGAUUGCUGAUAUACCAACAAAUACAAAUAUUGUUUAUUAUGCAAUGAAAGAUAUUGCAACGAUCAAAGGUCGAGAAUUUUUAGUUUGCCGAACAUUUCGUCGGGUUGGAGAUGAGAUAAUUGAAGCGGCAAGAAGUUUUGAUUGCCCUGAUGUAAUGAGGAAUUCUCAGAAAAUACGUGGACAUCUUGUUCUUGGUGGAGGAAGAUUCCGAAUUUUCCCUCGAGAUUCUACAAAAACUAUUGUAGAUUAUGUAAUGUGCGUGGAUUUCAAAGGUCCUGAUAUACCAAAAUUAGUCAUAGAUAAUACUAUGUGUACAUUAAUUUUGCAAGAUGCAGAGUUCACACGAAAACAUAUUGAAAAACUUAAACAUGAAGCUACUUAA